AUAAUUUUAUUGGACAAGCUUAUUCAAGUAAAACAAAUUAUGAAUUAGCAUUAAAAAAUUAUGAAACGGCGCUAGAAUUACAACUAAAAUAUAAUCCAGACAACCUCGAUUUAUUAUCAACAUGUUAG